UUAUUAUUACUAUUACAAUAUAAAUAAAUUAAUUUAAUAUUUAAACUAUAAAAAUACUAGCUACCACGACUCGCGUUUUAAUAUAAACAAAUCUGUUUCAAAAUAUAAUUGGGAUGGGGCUAUCAAAGGUGAGAUAAUGGACCCUGAGUGGGAACACCAUUCGUUUAUAUCUGCAAGUGAAUUUUCAAAAGAUUCCUUAGUACAACCAUUAUCAUUACAUUUGGAGUUGGACAUUAUGAUUAAAUCAUUCCAUAAAAUAUAUUUAAAUAAUUGAAUGAACAGUAUUGGAGAGUAUUAUUAAACUAUCAAAAGAAUAAAUAUAUAUCAAGUAAUUGAAAGAAAUGCCUGAUUGAUUACAUUUGGACAGUAUUAAUUGGGUAAUCCAUUGCCAAGGUAUUACAGUUGCCGAAAAAUCGAAAAGAAAUUUUGUAUAUGGACUUCGUAUUGCGGUUCAAAAUAAAUUUAUCAAAUUCUCAUAUACCUGAUAAGCUGACGCAAAUUUUUGUUUUCGUCAAAGCAACCAACUUCGUCCAUUCAAAGAAAAUUGAUAUUUGAUAAGAAUAAAAGCAGCUUCAUAUAAUUUUGUUCAAAGAGAAAUGACACGAUGUUGUUGACAAUAAACAGAUGUUUUCACAAAAUACAACAGUAUCGUUAUCGAUUCAUUUUUUGUGUUCUAAUAUCGAUCUCAUUGUUGAGCAUACUAUUAAAUAAUAUUAAAAGGCAAGAUGACAUCCGAAAUUGUUUUUCACACUCAAAUAAAAAAACGGAAUCUUCAAAACUUGAUGACAUUCUCCUUAGUAAUCGUAAACCUCAACCGGGUAAAAGUAUAUUCUUUCAUGAAACUUCAUGUUCGUCUUCAUCUGAAAAUAUUUUAAGUUUGAACGCUCGUCAAGCCUGUGCAAUUGAAUCUGCGGCAUUAUCUAACCCGAAUUUUGAUAUUUUUGUUCUUUUUGCCAGUCCAACAUUUUUUAAUAAUGAAAGCUCACAACCCAUAAUUGAAUCUUUACUUAGUUAUCCAAACGUUUACAUGCGGAAUUUGAAUCUUUGGACAUACGCUGCCGAUACUCCUAUCUACGAUUGGUUGAUAAACGAAGAGCUUUUUUCAUCAAAAUAUGCUUUGUCACACAUAUCUGACUUCCUACGUUAUCUCACGCUUUGGCGGUGGGGUGGAACAUAUCUUGAUCUAGAUGUGAUUGUAAAAAAAAGCUUAGAAAACGUUCCUUCAAAUUAUGCAGGUGCAGAAUCAGACACAUUUAUUGCAGCAGGGGUGAUGAAUUUUGAUGCGACUGGCUUUGGUCAUGAAAUAGCAGAAUUAUGUUUAAGAGAUUUCCAAAUGCAUUUCGAUGGUAACGAUUGGGGAAACAACGGUCCAGGUGUAAUAACUCGUGUUUUAAAUCAAGUUUGUAAAACUAAAUCACCGAUUGUUAUGACUAGAGAUCGUUGUUUUGGAUUUCAUGUUUACUCAAAGGAAGCUUUUUACGCAGUGCGCUGGACAAAUUGGAGUCAUUUUUUCGAAGAAGCAUAUUUAGAAAAUACAUUGCUAAAAACCAAAGAUUCUAUUGUAAUUCACGUUUGGAACAAGCACAGUAAAAACAAACUUAUAAAAGUUGGAUCUAAUGUAGCAUACGGUAAACUGGCUGAACAAUUUUGUCCAAAAGUAUAUUCAUCAUGCGGUGAGUUUUUUUAAGUUAUUAAGAAAAUCUAACUAGUUUUUUUUCAUGGGGAUACCUCAACGCCAAAAAAAAACUGAAAUUCUCGAAAAUAUUCAGUUUGCACUCGAAUUGAGUUGAUGUCAUGUUUGUAGAAUGAAACAUUUCUAAUUUUAAUGUAUCAGUCGUAUAUAACAUUCUCUUCGUUAUCUUAAAAACUUUUACGUUAUGUAUCUAAUUUAUUUUUUAAACAAAACAUCAGUCACAAUUUUAUUGUAAAUCUAUUUGUGAGAAUGUGUUUAAUGAAAUUUAUAAGAAUCUUUCAACUUCGUUGUUAAAAAAAAUCUUAUCAUAAGAUGGUCACAAUUUCUUGCUAAAUUUUUUGCAACCAAUAAGGAUUUUAUUCUACUCUUUUCUCAGUCCUAAGGUUCAAUAAACAAACCUGUAAUGUACUCGUAUCCAUGACUAUGUAUUCUCAUAUGUAAAGAAUGUAUUACCUUAUAAUGACGAUGAGGUCCCCAUGAACAUGUUAGGAGAAAAAUAAAUGCUGUGAAGCAAGGCUACUAAAUUCAAACGAACAAAUAUUGCUAAAUAUAAGUCAUAGUUAAUUAAAAAAAAGUUUCAAACUUACUUAUAUUAUGUGAAAUAAAAUAUAAAAUUAACAUAGAUAUACAUAUUAAUUAUAAUAGAACAUUUUUUAAUUUAUAAAAUUCGUUAAGACCUGCAAAUGCGAAUAUUAAAGAAUGAAUACAUUAAAUAAAGACGGAUGUGUAAAGAAAUAUCAAUGGUUAAUUAAGACUGAAUUUAUAAAAAUUUCUGAUAAUACAGAAUGUUAUCAUUUUUUGGUUAGCCUAGUAGAUAUUCGUAAUUAUUAAGCGCUCACAUAUUCCGUUAUUUCCAAAGAUUGUAAAUUGUAUACAUUUUUUUAAUAGAGUAUAGUAUAUAAUAUAAGUAAACCGAAUGUACAUAUGUAUGUAUGUUAUGUUCAUUUCUUAUACAUAUGUUAAAAAGAAAUGCAUACAUUAAUAAAAUUUAUAAAAAAUGUAAUAACUUUGAUAAAAUGUAUGUAUGUGUAUAAGAGCAUUUAUUGUAAUCAUGGUCAUGUUUUUUUUAUUAAAACUAGCUUAAUAAAUAUGUUAGUUUAUGUUAUCUAAUAGUAAAAUUACAA